CUAGCUGCCAACCACCCAACAACACUGCUUUCAUUUCCCUUUCCCCCAAAUGCUCCUGCUAAUAUGCGACAUAUGUCAGGAAGAACUAUCUAUUGACAAGUUUCUCUUCCAGUCGUCUUGUGGCCAUGGAUUCUGUACUACAUGUACAGACGCCACCAAGUCCCGGGAGACCUGCCCUCUCUGUAGGAAGCCCAAACUGAAGAACGUUCCACCCCACCGUGUGUAUCUCACUCCAUCGACUUCCCGGAUCGAAGACCACGCGACAUCCCUAACGAACUCAUUGUCGAUUUUGGACAGCGGUUCGACUCCAAAGCAGUUCCGGAAAGUUUCUUCGAAAUUAAGAACUAUAGCUAAUUCUAAAGCCUUGGGAAAUAGUGAUAUCGCAGUACAAUUACUUGCCUCCGCCAAGAAUAUGGAAGAACGCCUACAAUAUAUUCCUCACCAACUACAACUCGAACGUGAUGAGAAAGUAGCUCUUCAACGAAAGGUUGACCUAUGGCACGCCCGAAUCCAGAUGGUAGAAAGCCAGGAACGUCAAAUCAAGUGCCUCAAGGCCACCAUCCGAGAGUCAAACCAGAAUGUAGCACGUCUUCAAUCCGAGAUCAAUAAACUGACCGUAUGUGCGGAUGGUCUGAGGAAGGAACAAGAGAAGCUCCAGAAAGUCAGCGACCAACAAAAGAAAACCAUUGCGGAAAAGGAAGUACGGCUUUCUGAUUUACAGCUUCAGGUUGAAGAUCGCGAGAAAAAGAAUCGACUCUUGAAACAAAAGUUGAAGGCGGUUUCGAAAUCUACCAGACCACCAGCUGACGGUAAUGAGUCGCUUUUCAUAGACUCGUCGAACACGGGUCAUUGAUGUUGACCAGUUUGUAAUCGCGUACGCCCUAGGAUAUUCGUUUUCUUCCCGCCUGCGCAUUGCAUGCCUUGUAUCACGAUUUCACUGAAAAGUGACGAGUGUCGUUACUUGCAGAACAUUAUCUAAGAAUUAAAAUAGCUCUCAUUUAUCAUCAGUUUGAGAUUCCAACGGCGUCCCAUUCGCCGUGUCCGAAUCUUGU